CGAGCCUUGAGAGAGCUAGUAGGAUUCGUGUGGUUGGUGAGCGCAGCUUCUGCAGACACACUCUUUGCGAGCACCACCCCGAGCGGCACCGGCGCGUUCAGUUUUCGGAAUCCGAAAGAACCGAGCUCCUCGUCACUGAGCUCGUUGGCCGUUUUCAGGUCUGAAGUUCGUUGCGGAGCCGAGAGGACAGGACACCGGCAUGGCGAAAAGCACGGCCAUUGGCAUCGACCUGGGCACCACCUACUCCUGCGUGGGGGUGUUCCAGCACGGCAAAGUAGAGAUCAUCGCCAACGACCAGGGCAACCGCACCACCCCCAGCUACGUGGCCUUCACGGACACCGAGCGGCUCAUCGGCGACGCGGCCAAGAACCAGGUGGCGCUGAACCCACAGAACACCGUGUUCGACGCGAAGCGGCUGAUCGGCCGCAAGUUUGGCGACCCUGUGGUGCAGUCGGACAUGAAGCACUGGCCUUUCCGGGUGAUCAACGACGGUGACAAGCCCAAGGUGCAGGUGAGCUACAAGGGGGAGACCAAGGCGUUCUACCCCGAGGAGAUCUCGUCGAUGGUGCUGACCAAGAUGAAGGAGAUCGCCGAGGCGUACCUGGGCCACCCGGUAAGCAACGCGGUGAUCACUGUGCCGGCCUACUUCAACGACUCGCAGCGCCAGGCCACCAAGGAUGCCGGGGUGAUCGCGGGGCUGAACGUGCUGAGGAUCAUCAACGAGCCCACGGCUGCCGCCAUCGCCUACGGCCUGGACCGGACGGGCAAGGGGGAGCGCAACGUGCUCAUCUUUGACCUGGGCGGGGGCACGUUCGACGUGUCCAUCCUGACGAUCGACGACGGCAUCUUCGAGGUGAAGGCCACGGCCGGAGACACCCACCUGGGUGGGGAGGACUUCGACAACAGGCUGGUGAACCACUUCGUGGAGGAGUUCAAGAGGAAGCACAAGAAGGACAUCAGCCAGAACAAGCGGGCCGUGAGGCGACUGCGCACCGCCUGCGAGAGGGCCAAGAGGACCCUGUCGUCCAGCACCCAGGCCAGCCUGGAGAUCGAUUCCCUGUUCGAGGGCAUCGACUUCUACACGUCCAUCACCAGGGCGCGGUUCGAAGAGCUGUGCUCGGACCUGUUCCGGAGCACCCUGGAGCCCGUGGAGAAGGCUCUGCGCGACGCCAAGCUGGACAAGGCUCAGGUCCACGACCUGGUCCUGGUGGGGGGCUCCACCCGCAUCCCCAAGGUGCAGAAGCUGCUGCAGGACUUCUUCAACGGGCGCGACCUCAACAAGAGCAUCAACCCCGACGAGGCGGUGGCCUAUGGGGCGGCGGUGCAGGCAGCCAUCCUGAUGGGAGACAAGUCUGAGAACGUGCAGGACCUGCUGCUGCUGGACGUGGCUCCCCUG